GCUUUUUUUGGCGCCUCGUAGGCUUCUCAAUAAAAUGAAGUGUCGACCAAUAAGUUUCUCCUUGCUUUCAUCUGUUUUUGUCCUCCUUAUUCUAAUCGAUACCACCAUUGGUGCGAAGUACAGAUUCCUCUACACAGGCAUCCCUUUCAGGGACUCUGAAUCAGUGUCUGGGCUUCGAGCAAACUAAUUAGUUUUCCUUAAUUUAAGGGUACACAGGAUAUGGCUCUUGUUAAUGUCUCUCCAUUACAGUUGAGGACUUCAGGUCCUCUGCAAACUCGUCCGGAUCAUUUUAGUUGCCUUCCAAUGCACAGAAGAAAUUCCUUUCCAAAGCCGUUGAAGAUCGAAGCAAGAGCAAACACUCGAAAGGAUAGUGCAAAAAUCCGAAACAGAAGACUGCAUAAGAAGUUCAAUGGCUCAUCUGUGAAACCAAGACUCUCGGUUUUCUGUUCAGCCAAGCAGUUGUAUGCUAUGUUGGUUGAUGACCAGAACAAAAAGUGCUUGUUUUAUGGAAGCACGUUACAGAAAUCUAUUCGAGAUAAUCCCUCUUGCAGCACUACUGAAGCAGCACAAAGGGUUGGUGAAGAACUAGUAAAGGCAUGUGUUAAUCUAAAUAUUAAUGAAAUAUCAUCUUAUGAUCGCAACGGUUUUGCUCAAGGAGAAAGGAUGAUGGCAUUUGAAACUGCAAUUUCCUGUCAUGGAUUUCUGCCGCGGUAGCCUCCUUUGCAUUAUCGGUGCAGCAGUACUUGUUCAAAACAGAAGCUGCAUUUGCAACAUAGGACUCUUUUUCUACUGGAGAACUGGUUCAAUAAGAACUUCCACUUGAUGAGCACUCAAAUUAAAGUUGUUAGCUCAGCUGAGUUGCUUUUAGUCCUUGUUAUGAGAGCUUUUGCAUACUACCGAACAUUAGCCGUGAGCUGCCAUAUCUGGUAUAGCUGCUCUGGCUAUGUUGAUCUUUGAAUGCUUCCAUACAGGAGAUUUUUCACUGUUUGGUAGUUCAUUUGGUUAGAUGUUCUUCUUUCAAUGUCUACAGCAUAUGGAAUAGGAUUCGGGUGAGAUCAAGUCUGGCUCCACAUAUCCUAGACCCUCUCAUUAAAUCUUGUUCAUUCCUCAAAUUCAACUAUUUGAGAGCACGCUCUAAAGAGAGCCACUUUAGUUAUGGACAGUCUCACAGAGCUUGGUUAUAAGGGCUCAUACACUUUGGCCUCGCAGUGUUUUACCAUUUUGUUGGAUAUUAAUUCUCUUGUGAACACUUUACUUCUGUAAUUAUUUAAAAGCAACAUAGAUAUGUUAUAGAUUUGGCUCGCA